CAAUAACCAAGUCAUAAUGAAUUCCACAGUCUUUGAGAAUUCCCUCAAAGUCACACCUCUCACAUCCAACACAUACUCCGUUGACUUGAGUAAAGACUGGUGCAUUGGAAACGUCCCUCAUGGAGGCUACACCACGGCCGUCCUACACCGCACUGCAACGAUACACUUUGCCAGAAAGAACCCAAAGAGCAUUCCGAUAUCCUUCCAGCUCUCCUUUCUAAGACACACCAGAGUCGGCCCCGCCAUCAUCACGAUCAAAGACUCGAAAAUCGGCCAGCGGACAAGUUCAAUCCACGUCUCUCUUUCCCAGACUCGGACAAAGCCCGGAGAAGCCCCUAGAGAGGAAGAAAAGCUCGCCGGAUACAUCACACUCGGCCUGGAAUCUGCCGAACAGGGACCGAUUGCAAAGUCGAGUUGGACUCUGCACCCUCCAUCGGCUCCAGGAUCCCGGGCAGAUGGCUCAAUCGAUCUGGCCGCACUUGCCAACACCGGCCACGAUGGCCGGUGGAUACGAUAUCCGCAACGAGUCUAUCUAAGCGCACACCAGCACGAUGAGAUCUACGGUCCGAAUGACAGAGUUACCUUGGAGGAAGCGACGAUGCGAACAGUAGACCAGUGGGCCCGAUUCCGCCCGGGAGGACAGCUUAGUAGAUGGACGAACGAGUCGCUGAUGUACCUGGUCGACAUAUCCCCAAAAGGACUGGAGAGACUGGGUGCGAUGAUGAUGUCCGCCACGGGAUCUUCGGGAUCGUGGGAGUUGGACAAGGGCAGCUUAUGGUAUCCGACUGUCACAUUUAACGUCGAUAUCAAGAAGCCUCUACCGGCUGAGGGGGUCGAGUGGCUGUAUAGUAGGGUCGAGACUAAGACUCUGCGCGGCGGGCGAGCGGAUCUGGAUGUGGUGGUUUUGGAUGAAGCUGGAGAUUUGGUGGCCAUCGCCUCGAUGGUCAGUUUGGUGGUGGAUGCCACGCGAAACGUGGGAAUCCAGGGUGGUUUCAAUCCAGUGAAGCUGUAGACCGAAUCAAGAUGACUUGUGUUUAUUGGAUGGUGACUCCGAAUAGAUGGCCACAUUGCAUGGCCAUGAAUAUAUAAAUACACCGCAUGUGCAUCAAUGAGUGAUUAUUAAUGCAAUAAACC